GUUACGACUGGAGUUGAAGAUGGCGAGCGCAGAGACCGUGGCGGAACACGAGCGGAUCCUCCGGGAGAUUGAGAGCACCGACACUAACUGUAUCGGUCCCACACUCCGGUCUGUGUACGAUGGUCAAGAGCAUGGCCUGUUUAUGGAGAAGCUGGAGGGGCGGAUCCGCAACCAUGACCGCGAGAUCGAGAAGAUGUGCAACCAUCAUUUCCAGGGCUUUGUGGACUCCAUCACAGAGCUGCUUAAAGUUCGUGGAGAAGCGCAGAAACUCAAGGGGCAGGUAACUGAAACCAAUCAAAAGCUGCAGAACGAUGGCAAGCAGCUACUGGCAACGAUGAACGAGUUGAGACAAUGCCGUGUACAACAGAGGAACAUUGCCACCACCAUAGACAAUCUCACUCACUGCCUUCCAGUGCUAGAAAUGUACACCAGACUGCAAGAACAGAUGAAAGCCAAAAGAUACUACCCUGCGUUGUGCACGUUGGAGCAGUUGGAGCAGAACUGCCUACCGAAGGCGGGACGGUACCGUUUCUGCACCAUCAUGGCUGAGAACAUCCCUGUCCUGCGCACACGCAUCAGAGACGUCUCCAUGUCUGACCUCAAAGACUUCCUGGAGAGCAUACGUAAACACUCGGACAAAAUCGGAGAGACUGCCAUUAAACAGGCACAGGUGAGAAGCUCUCGUGACAGUGCGGUCACACGGCAACAGCGGGCAGGCAACGGAUGGAGAUUACGCAAGGAGACUGGGUCGGGUACGGAGGUGGACCGGUCAGGUGGAAGCCCUCUUUCAGAAGAGGAUUCUGGGAUACUAGAUGUUGAGGAUGAGGAUGACGAUGAGGGUCCUGGUGCUCAGGACCUGGUGGACUUCUCGCCUGUCUAUCGCUGCUUGCACAUCUACACAGUUCUGGGUGACCGGGAUACAUUUGAGAACUACUACAGGAAACAGAGAAGGAAACAAGCUCGACUAGUGUUGCAGCCACAUCCGAACAUGCACGAAACCCUAGAGGGAUACAGGCGGUACUUCAAUCAAAUUGUAGGUUUUUUUGUAGUGGAGGACCACAUCCUGCAUACAACACAAGGCCUAGUGAACAGAGCGUAUGUGGAGGAGUUAUGGGAACUAGCUCUGUCAAAGAGCAUUGCUGCGCUACGAACUCAUUCAUCAUACUGCACUGACCCUGACCUGAUUCUGGACCUAAAAAGCCUUAUUGUCCUGUUUGCAGACACACUACAGGUUUAUGGGUUUCCAGUAAAUCAGCUGUUUGACAUGGUGCUUGAGAUGAGAGAACAGUACGGAGAGAUUUUGCUGAAGAAAUGGAAUCUGUCCUUUAGGCAAAUCCUAGAUCAGGACAAUUACAGUCCCAUCCCUGCAGCAACAGAAGAAGAGUACCAGCAAAUUAUAAGCCAGUUCCCCUUCCAAGACUCAGAACUAAACACGAUACCUUUCCCAAAGAAGUUCCCGUUUUCUGAAUUUGUACCCAAAGUCUAUUCACAACUCAAAGAGUUUAUAUAUGCUUGCCUCAAAUACUCGGAGGACCUGCACCUUAGUUCUACAGAAAUUGAUGACAUGAUACGCAAGUCUACUAACCUGCUACUGACGAGGACACUCAGUAACUGCCUGCAGUAUGCCAUCAAGAAGAAGAAUGUGGGAUUAGCAGAGUUGGUUCAAAUCAUCGUGAACACCACACACCUUGAGAUGUCCUGUCACUGCCUGGAAGCGUUCAUCUCCAACAUCACCAACGUGCCUUCAGACACAGUGAACACCACCAAACUGUAUGGCACCUCCACCUUUAAGGAUGCAAGGCAUGCAGCGGAAGAGGAGAUCUACACUAACCUGAAUCUUAAGAUCGAUCAGUUCCUGCAGCUGGCGGAUUAUGACUGGAUGGCAGCUCAAGGUGGAGGUCAGGCCAGCGACUACCUGAGUGACCUCAUUGCCUUCCUCUGCAGCACCUUUGCAGUGUUUACACAUCUGCCUGGCAAUCCUAUAGAGCACGCCAGGCUGCCGGGUAAGGUUGCUCAGACAGCAUGUAUGUCUGCGUGUAAACAUCUGUCCACCUCCUUGCUGCAGCUGCUGCUUGAAACUGAUGUCAGGCAGGUAUCUAUGGGAGCAAUCCAGCAGUUCAAUGUGGACGUCAAAGAGUGUGAAAGGUUUGCCAGGGCCGGCCCGGUGCCUGGCUUCCAGGGGGACACUCUGCUGCUCGCCUUCAUCGACUUGAGACAAUUGCUGGAUCUCUUUACUCAGUGGGAUUGGUCGACAUACCUCGCUGACUAUGGACGUCCGACCUGCAAGUACCUGAGGGUCAGCCCGCAUACCGCUCUGGCCCUCCUGGAGAAGAUGAAGGACACUAAUCGGAAAAACAACAUGUUCGCUCAGUUCCGUAAGAAUGAGCGUGACAAGCAAAAGCUGAUCGACACCGUGGUCAAGCAGCUGCGGAACCUUAUUACCAGCCACCAGUCCUGAGUCCACCGCUGGUUGGAUAUCGUCUGAUUCCCCCCACCCUGAAGAUUUGGACGGGUAACUACCAGGAACAGCAUCACACUGGUGACUGGGGAGACUUUUGCUUGUAAAAGAGCAAAAACAAUAGACUCGCAAGACAAAUGGAAUAGACAGGAAUUGACAAAUGAGUGCCAUGGGUCUCUCAAAAUAAGUAUUUGUUUUACCCGAAGGGUUCUGGCUUUCUGGUUCCAGUUUUGCAGCCCUUUGUCUAAGCCUUUUAAUGUCUUCCUGACAGCGUCUCACUGGUCUAAGUAUCAGUGACCCUUGAAAGUGCGCUCCUGUUUUCCUAAAUACCAUAUGGUUACCAGUUAUGCAGCCCUUUUUAAGCCUGUCUCUAUGAGACUUUGGUUAUUAGCUUCACAUAUCUAGCAUCUGCAGGGACGCUACAGUGCCCAGGCAAAAAAGCCUGCACUUUUUUUUCUUUCUUUUUUUUUUUUUCUUUCUUUAAAUCUGGCUGCUUCAUGCCCUUGUAGCCUUUCUGUAAACUACAGCAAAACCCUUAGUUAACCUGUGUCUAUGUGAGAUGUAGGUAAUUUAACCUUUUAACCCUGAAUUUAGAUGGAAUGUUGCUUGCACAUAAUCGUGACACCACCAUUUUGUUAUUUUUCUCCCCCAGACACUGUCUAAUUUAAUACAUUUUCAUUUUAUUUUCAUUUUAUUUUAAUUUGAUCAGUAUUCUUACCAAUACCACAUACAAAAAUGUCUUCUGAGAUCAGUUUACCUUUAAUACAUAAACAGCCUCUUGUUCCUGUUUUUUUUAAAUGACAUGUUUCAUAGUCAGCAGAAAUCGAUAGAGAUGCUUAGUAUUUGAUUUCCACAACGAUAAUUCAGAAUGAUUUCCAGUCUCUGUUGCCGUUUCUGCAUUUCUCAAUGCUGUCACAAAAAUCCCUAGACUAUUUUUAACACCAUCUGCAAUAGGCAGAAGUCGAAUGAUGCGCUGAGACAUCCUGUAUAUUGCAGCUAUAAUCCCCUGCACAGUUAAGACACAUAGUCACUGUUCUCGUUUCUAAUAAGAUGCUUCUGUAAUUCCCUUCAAUUAGAUAGUAAGGCAGAAACCUGUCACGAGUAAGUGGCCUUAACAGGAUCUCGAUCAGCUGCUGUUAUUCUGCACAGGCUUGUUAUCAAAUCUAGAUAGAACUCGAGAGGAAUAGCUCACAGCGUUGUAAGCAGCAUAACGUGUGUGUUUGUGUGCGCGCCUGCUUUUAUGCUUUCGGUCAUUGUGGGCCUUUACUUAAUCGAUGGGAUUUUCUCAUCAAGUGGGUGCAAUAUUACUAGUAUUUUCAAAGGAACUCAUGAAAUCUUAGGAAAGUAGGUAAAGUAUUUUUUUUAUUGUAAACACAAGAGGUUAUGGUUUUGGUUUUAUUGGCUAUAGAUCACUUUUAUGUCCAUUGUGUGUGCGUGUCCUUAUUGUCACUACGCCAUUGUUUGUGUCCAUAAACUCUGGCCCAUACAGAAGGGAUCGAAAAUGAGAUCAAAACCUAAAGGGAAUAAUUCUUUCCAAAUCGUUCAGUUUGGGAAGAGUUUAGUGUGCAUGUAGGUUUGUGUGAGUGUUGUGAUUUGUGGUUGUGCUCUUUGUCAUUUUGUAUUAUUGAUUUUGAGUCCUUUGUACCUGCUCUUGGGUUGCUGACCGAGCCGCAGGAUUAUUACUACAUGUGAGCAGAGUUUUGAUUUAUAGGAAAAUUUGAUUUAUUUUGUUGUUGAUGGAGACAGGUGAACUGUACAGAAUGUAACAUUAAACCACUAAUGAAUGACCUUCCAAUACUAAUAAAGUCUAAAACAAAUACCAACCAAUAUCAAAUAAACAAUAAAAAAUA